GAGGCGCUGCGGCGACUGCGGGUCGCCCCCUCCCCACCCUCGCGUGCGGACAGACCCAGCCCCGGCCGCCGACUCCCCCGGGCCCCGCGCCUGAACACGCAAACUUCUCUGUCCCGGCUCCGGAGCUUCACGGCUGCCGAGGCGGCGCGCGAGAAGGUACCAAAAUAUAAACAGAAUGGCAGAUUGCUAGUGUUUGACCCAAAGGAAAAAGUGAUAAUUGAACCAAAUGAAGCAAUGUCAGAUAAAUGCCUCUUUGGACGUAGAGCAAGAUUGGCAAGCAAACUUUGUACCUUACCGACACAAGUCUCUCUAAAUGUAGGUAGGACAUUCUCAGAAAAGAAGGAAGUCUCUUCAAAAAAUAUUGAAAAUACAGCUUCUUUAAGGAAUAAUGAAAAUAGAGUAUCUUCAAAGUGUAUUGAAAAUAAAGAUACAGAAAUGAAUCUACAGUCUAAUCUAUGGUUAUCUUCCUUCUUAAAGGAAAACACAGGUCAAGUGAGCAAAGAUGCAGUCCUUGCAGAGCAGGAGAAAAAUAACAAACAUUGCCUUCAGGAUAUUGAUGAUAAGUUGUCUGAAUCAACGGACAAUGAUGGUGAAGAUGAUACCAAUGAUGAAGAUAAUGAUGAAGAUAGUAACCCUAAAAAGGAUACUCAUGCCCCAUUAGAAUUAAUGGCAGAAUUCCUGAGAGCAGAAAUGGGCCAAGACUACCAUUUGGCAAAAAAAUUAUGUCAGAUGAUCCUAAUCUAUGAACCAGAAAAUCCUGAGGCCAAGGAGUUUUUCUUACUUCUUGAAGAAAUGUUGCUGAUGGAGAAACCCCAAAAUCUUGAGGAAGAUGAUGAAGAUAGUGAAGAAGAUAGUAGUGGUGAGAGUGAAGGAGAAAGCAGUGAGGAGCUAAGUGAAGAAAGCUCUGAUGAAUGUGAAGACGGGUGAUGAAAGUUGCUGCUAUGCUUCAAUCUUCAUGUAUUUUCAUUACUGUAUACCAUGGAAAUAUAAAGAACAAUG